CUUCAAAGUCAAUACACACGUUGACACGCGCACACAAACGCAAACAAACAGACACACACCUCCGCUGCUCCAGUGUUCUGGCACGACCUUCCAUAGACAAGGUCUCCACGCGUACAAGCCUGUCCGUGGUGCACUUGCCAUCACAACAGAGAUGCUGCCUUUGUAUCAUGGAAAUACACCUCGAGUGCCCGGAUCGCUAAGUAGAAAUGAUUGAAAUUUGACCUGGAUUUCCACCUGUGAGGAAUAACCUUCUCUGCAGGAGGCUUCAAAUCCAGAGCUGCCGGAUCUCUUCUGCAUGUGCCAGCACAGAGAAGGGAUUUAGAAUUUGUGCUGCACUUGGGAAGUCCAACUCCUCCACCCCGUGCUCUGUUUGCACGGACUCACCCCGAUACCGUUUUCACCCUUACCCUGACUAUUUGAUUGCUGGCUGCUGUCCUCAGGGGGGGGGGGGGGGGGACUAUUAUCCCUUAAACAGCUUCCAUCACCUCAUCUCGUCGCCCAUUUAUCCAUCUCAUAAUGAACUCGUCUGCAUCCAUUACGUCCCUAUUCUCCUUCACCAGCCCGGCGGUAAAGCGCCUGCUAGGUUGGAAACAAGGGGAUGAGGAAGAGAAGUGGGCGGAGAAGGCUGUGGACUCUCUAGUGAAGAAACUAAAGAAGAAGAAGGGGGCAAUGGAGGAGCUGGAGAGAGCACUCAGCUGUCCAGGGCAGCCCAGCAAGUGCGUGACGAUUCCUCGGUCGCUAGACGGGAGGUUGCAGGUGUCCCACAGGAAGGGACUCCCCCAUGUCAUCUACUGCAGGGUGUGGCGCUGGCCUGACCUGCAGUCCCACCACGAGCUGAAGGCCUUGGAUUGCUGUGAGUUUGAUUUCGGCUCCAAGCAGAAGGACAUCUGUGUCAACCCGUACCACUACAGGCGCGUGGAGACUCCAGUGCUGCCGCCAGUUCUGGUCCCACGCCACAGCGAGUUCAACCCUCAGCACAGCUUGCUGGCCAAGUUCCGUAACGCCUCCCUGCACAACGAGCCUCUGAUGCCCAAGAACGCCACCUACCCGGACUCCUUCCCCGCGCGGCCCUGCUCCUCCUUCUCCUCCUCCUCCUCUUCUUCCUCCCUCAUCCAGUCGCCCGCCUCGCAGAGUUACCCCAGCUCCCCCAACAGCUCUGCGGAGCCCGGCAGUCCGUAUCACCUCACAGCAGAGACGCCCCCGCCUCCGUACAGCAUGAUGGAGACGAGCCCUCCGGAGGACGUGAAGCCCAGCAACUCCACAGAAACCCUCAAACUCACUUUUUCCUCCCCACACAGAGACUUACGGCCCGUGUGUUACGAAGAGCCAGAGUACUGGUGUUCGGUAGCUUACUACGAGCUCAACAACCGAGUGGGGGAGACUUUCCACGCGUCGUCUCGCAGCGUCCUGGUGGACGGCUUCACCGACCCAUCCAACAACAAGAACCGCUUCUGCCUCGGCCUGCUGUCCAACGUCAACCGCAACUCCACCAUCGAACACACACGCAGGCACAUAGGCAAAGGUCUCCACCUGUACUACGUGGGCGGCGAGGUGUACGCCGAGUGCCUGAGCGACAGCAGCAUCUUCGUCCAGAGCCGCAACUGUAACUUCCAGCAUGGCUUCCACGCCACCACAGUGUGCAAGAUCCCCAGCGGCUGCAGCCUCAAGAUCUUCAACAACCAGCUGUUCGCCCAGCUCCUCGCCCAGUCCGUGAACCACGGCUUCGAGGUUGUUUAUGAGCUCACCAAGAUGUGUACCAUCCGCAUGAGCUUUGUGAAGGGAUGGGGUGCUGAAUACCACCGGCAAGAUGUGACCAGCACCCCCUGCUGGAUCGAGGUACAUCUGCACGGGCCCCUUCAAUGGCUGGACAAGGUCCUCACACAGAUGGGGUCCCCCCACAACCCUAUUUCAUCAGUGUCAUAGCAUGGACACAGGUGUGUGUUUGUGUGUCUGUGUCGUGGGUCCUUCCCACAUUCUUACCCAAAGUUUUGUCACAUCAUGCAACAUAAGUGAAACACAUGAGUGAUUAAGUCUGCUUUACAGCUUGUGUAGUUAAAUGAUCAAGACUGUGAUACGGUAUUUCUCGUCUCUCUCCGUCAUUGGGACAUUAACUGCACUCCAAGACAAGAAAACCAGGAUAUAUCGGGCGGGUACUCAAGUACUUCUGUCGUCAAUGUUAUUACGGUUGU